AGCAUGUGUUAGCGCAACCAUCUUUUCUUAACUAAAAUCAUGGGGAAAAGGCUAUUCCAGAUUAUUGGCUUCUUGACCUCAACACUAGGAUGGCUCUUUGUGCUUUGCACCAUGGUCAUGAAUUACUGGAGGUUCAUCCAGAUCGGUGGCCAAGGGGGCUCCGCCAUUAUCAAGGUGGCAUGGUACUGGUCCAGCCUGUGGAAAGACUGCUACACCGAAUCGACAGCCAUCGAUAACUGCAGGGACUUCCCAGUACUGUCGUCUAUCUCAUCUUUUGUCCAGAGAGCGAAAGCUCUGCUGGUUUGUGGACUAACCCUUGGGUUUUUUGGUGCCAUAUUUUGCUUUGUUGGGAUGGAGUGUACCUAUAUUGGAGGAGGAGAAAAAAACAAGGAUAAGGUUUUGUUAGCUGGAUCCUUGUUUCACUUUGUUGGUGGUGUGUCAGACAUUGCUGCAUACUGCUUAUACAUCAACAAAGUUGCCAGGACAACCUUUGCUCCCACUUCAUCAGGAGUCAGACAGUAUAAUUUAGGAACUCCUAUUUUUCUUGGACUGGUCGGGUCAGGUUUUAUUGUCUUAGGGGCCAUCCUCUAUGCUGUAACGGUGUACAAAGUUGUGUUUCCUAAAACAAGUGUGGUGAACGCCUAUGGUGGUCCCGGAGCACAACCAAACAUGGCCCCUCUGUCCGAAGGAAGGAUUGCCAAUACAGGGUACUACGUACCCCCUAGACAGUAUGGAUCCAAUGGCUUAGGAAGAUCCAGCAACUCCAAACUCACUAGGAUCUCCCAAAUAACACCAGAGAAACUAUCAGACAGAGAUGCCUUUGUGUAGUGAAAAGUACUAGUGUUUCUUUUAGACGAUGAAUACUUCUGGAUGAGAAACGUGGACGAAUGUGGUUUUUUUUCACAGAUGACAAACGUACCUCAUACAGUUUAAAUGUAUUUUAUCCCAUGUGUAUUUUAUCCCAAAUUAUGAGUUUAAAUAAUAGAUUGACACAAGAUGUAUGUUUCUACAACACCGUUUCCAAAAGUUGUGAAGCUGCAUAAAAUAAAUUAAAAAAAACAAUGAAAUGCUGUGCAAAUCUUUUAAACCCUAUAUUCUAGGUGUGAAACAUUUCACCAAACUCUUUGGUACGAUACGAUAUAGUGGUGUCAUGGUUCAGUACAGUUUUGAUACAUCUACAAAAUAAAUACCUGAGAAAUACGAAAUUUGUGUUUAGAUUUUCCACUUAUUAUAAUAGUAAACGUGUAGCUUGAAUUCCCAGGAACAAAUGGAAACAAAGGGACAAAAAACAGCAGUGCCUGCAUUAUAAAAUGAAAUAAAAUAGUCAUUUAAAACAGAACUUCAACAAGAGUGCCUAGCCCUGCAGCAUAUCCUAUCAAUAUAAAGUCACAUAGCAGUGCCUUAAACAAAAUACGACCACUUGAAACACGUUACUUCCAAAGAAGAAAAAAAAGAAUUUGAACGUAGAAAAAAGUAUCUUCUAUUUUCCAUGUAUAACAAAUAAAUAAAUGAGUAGUCAUGUUACUCGUAUUGCCAAUCAAAUAGAAUAUAGUCAAUGAACAGAGCCUACAUGUUUUAGAAGUUAUGUCUAUCACUCGUCGGCAAUCCCCGUUAUAGUUUACAGGGAAACCGAAAUGUCCCCCACCCACCACGGGCCCCUCACCCACCGUGGGCCCCCCAACCACCGCGGGCCCCCCAACCACCGCGGGCCCUGGUGCAGCCGCCCACCCUGCGCCCCCAAUAGUUUUAGAUUUUAUCAAAUAAAUAUAUAUUUAUUUCCUAGCUAUAAUAUACGAUUAAUGUAUUGUUCACUUAAGUGUGUAUCCAAUCAUGCACAUUGGACCCGGUACCAAACGAUUCAAUACAAAUACACAUACCGUUUCCCCCCUACUAUAUUCAAUAGAAAAUAGUACAAAGACAACAUAUAUCAAAUGAUGACACUGAGAAACAUUUUCUUGAAAAAUGUAUGCCCACUUUAAAUUUUAUGCCAGCAACAUGUUUCAAAACAG